UUCAGGUUCAAACUGCCCAUAUGAUAAAAUAUUUCUCAUUUGUAAUAAAUCGAAUUAUUUGAUGGUACAAAGUAAACAAGAUUGUGCGGAAAAUCUGUAUUUAACAAUCCAAUACUGUGUACUUAGAUCAAUUUUUCUGAUAGAAGAAUGUAAAGAUAUCAACAAUGUAAUUGCGUUUUAAUCAAAAUGAAUUGAAGGAUGAUUGACAAUACAGGGAUUCUGUAUUAACGGAUGUGUUAAAAAAGUUGGAAUUAUCCAGAAAUAAUUACAAUCUAUUGACACUGGGAGGAUGAUUAUAUUUGAUACAUAUUGUAAGAGAAUGUGGCAGUGUGAGAGACAUAAUUGUUAAUCUGAUUCAGAACAAAACUAAGAGGUUUUAAAUUUUGAUAAACAUCAUGUUGAUUGAUAUUUGAUGUGAAAUAUUUCUGAAGCAUGAAGGAUACUAAUUGUGAAAUUUCUAGAUUUGAUGUUAAAGAUUUGGUAGAAUAAGUUGUUACCAUGUGAGGAGAGGGCAGUAUUAUACCCUUGGUUUGACAUGUAAACUCUAUCAUAUGUGGAAUGACAGAUCCUAUAGUGAAUGGUAAACAGACUGCUGGAUUAUCACCUCAGAGUAUAACAGAAGAAAAUAAUUUGAAAACUGAUUCUACUAUAUGUGAAGACACUCCACCCACUUCAGUGACAGAGACAUUGGUUACAUCCGAGAAUCCCUCAAAGCCAGUCACAGGAAAAAGGGAAGGGCGUAAAGUGCUGCCCCCUAUCCCUGACAGUGAGACAGAGGCUGAGAUGUCAGCCAGCGUUGUUAAUAAAAACAGCAUAAUGACCGGUGGUGGUGGUGGUGGAAAUGGCCAGUUUAAACUGGAAUAUAUUCUCAUGAAUGAAUAUAACAUGUUACACAAACAGAAACUACCAGGGAUAUAUGUGAUACCUUCAGCAUUGUCUCCCUUUAUAUGGAAUGGUGUGAUAUUUAUCCGACAAGGUCUCUACCAGGAAGCUGUGUUCAGAUUUAACCUCAACAUUCCUGAGAACUACCCAAAUGGUGAUUGCCCUAGAGUAUUCUUUGAGUUUCCAGUCUUCCAUCCAUUGGUUGAUCCUAAAACAUUUGAACUUGAUGUGAAAAGAGAAUUUAAAAAGUGGCGACGAAAUGCCAAUUUCCUGUGGCAGGUACUUUUGUAUGUAAGAAGAGUAUUCUUUAAAAUAGAUCCCAAGUGUCCUUUAAAUACAGAGGCAGCAGAAUUAUAUGAACACAGUAUGGAAGAGUUUAGAAAGAGGAUAGAAGAAUGUGUUAGCUCAAGUAAAGAAGUGCUUUAUAACCCAAUAGAAUCAAAUGAUGCUCAUAUGAUAAGAUUUUCACCAUGGGACAGUGGUAUACAUGAGGAGGCAAAGUCAGAUAUGCUAACUCGCAAGAAAAACCGAAGUGACCUUGAAACAGAACCUCAUAAAAAGAAUGGUUUAUCUUGGAUAAAACCCGGAACAACACAGACAUUCUCUCAGGAAGAGGUUAACACUGCUAGGUGAAAUGUUUGUACAGAAUAAAGUGACAAAUACUGACAUAUUUGCAGGCACAAUUUUCACUUAAUGUUAAAAUUGAGAUGACCCAGUUCGGAAGGAAAUACCAAAUACAAGUGAUGGAUAUUUUUACCUUGCCAACCUGUGACAGUAACUCAUCAGUGAUUAUUAAGUGUUUUGUGUUGUGAGAGAAUAAUAUAAUAUAUUGUGCUAAAAAAUGAUAAAAACAGUUUGAGGGUUAACGUUACACAGAUACCUAUGAAAAUGCUUAUAUGCAAUACCUGCGAAUGGCUUUUGUAUUAGUCGGGAAGAAAUCCCAUGUUUAAACAUAUCAUUGAAAUGAGAUUAUGUAUAUAUUUCAGUGAUAUUUAUCCUAUAUUUAUACUUUUUGGAGGAUUAGUUGUCAUUGUAAAAGGAUCAGUUUUGACUGCUUUUUCAAGCUUCUUUACAUAUUCAUGGAAUAUUAUCUUGAGAACAUUUUUCUCCAAAUUAUUUUAGGCCAUUGUUUAAUGUUAAAAACGCAUUAUUAGGAGCUUUUUGUUUCCUCUUAUUCUCCUGCUUAUGUACCUUGUAAUAUGCAGGGAUUGAUUUGAGUAUAAAUGAUGUUUCAAUAUAAUAAUGAGCCGUGUCAUGACAAAACCAACAUAAUGGGUUUGCGACCAGCAUGGAUGCAGAC